UACAUAGAACCACCCAAAUUUUCCUUCAUGUCCGAGCCGUGUGAUGCACGAGAAGCGGGAGGAGUUGGUGCAUGACUCGGACCGCGAGGAGGAGUCAGAAUAUCAAUAUCGGUCCUGAACUUCCUUAUUAUACUCACCUUGCUGUCUCACAGUCUUCUCAAAACACUCUAUCCGUCCGAAGUAGAUUUAGAAAUUUACCAUGGAAGCCCAGGGCCAUGAAACAUUCAGCAAACUCUCCGCCGCAAUUGCACAACUACAUACCAAGGCUCAACCACCAGAAGUCCUUCCACGAUCCACUGCACUCGAUAACGCCCGUUCAAAGCUGCAGCCGCAUUUGCCGAGUACUGGAAUUGGCUUGGAACAAACCAUACGCCACCUUCAGGAAGAAAUAGCACCAGCCUUUAAUGCCUCGUCCCGCUCGCCAAAUUACUAUGGCUUUGUCACUGGCGGUAUCACCCCAGCAGCAGCGCUCGCCGACAAUCUGGUCACCCACUACGACCAGAAUGUUCAGGUGCACCUACCGAAAGAGACCAUCGCUACGGAAGUGGAAGACAGAGCACUCUCUCUCCUGUGCGAGUUGCUGGAUUUUGAUCCCACUCAAUGGCCACACCGUAUAUUCACCACUGGCGCCACGGCCUCAAACGUCCUCGGCUUAGCAUGUGGACGCGAGUACAUCAUCGCCGAGGCAUCAGCACACCGCACAGACGCUGAGAACAGCGUUGGCGAGCUCGGGAUUGUGGAGGCUAUGCGGAAAGCGGGUAUAGAUGAGAUCCAGAUCCUCACGACGGUGCCUCAUUCUUCGCUCAGCAAGGCUGCAAGUAUUCUAGGCUUAGGACGAGCGUCUGUCAAGUGUAUUGGGCAGGAAGGGGCGAGUCACAAAUUCGAUAUGAAGCUCCUGAAGAAACUCCUCGAGCAACCUGGUGCCGCCUCUAUCGUUGCUGUCUCUGCGUCGGAAGUCAAUACCGGCCUCUUCGCGACCUCGGGUGUGGCAGAAAUGCAAGAGCUUAGGAAGUUGUGUGACAUGUACGGUGCAUGGAUUCACAUCGACGGCGCUUUCGGGAUCCUAGGCCGCGUCCUCACUGAUCCGAAGUACGAAAGGAUCAGGCAGGCUUGCGCUGGUCUCGACCUCGCCGAUUCUAUAACAGGGGAUGGCCACAAGCUCCUCAACGUACCCUACGACUGCGGAUUCUUCCUAUCUCGGCACCGCAACAUUGCUGAACGUGUGUUCCGGAACCCAAAUGCGUCCUACUUGGCUUCUGGGAAUAACUCUGAUGGUAUCAUGAGUCCUCUAAACGUUGGGCUUGAGAACUCGAGACGGUUUAGGGCGUUGCCGGUGUAUGCGAGUUUGUUGUGUUAUGGGCAGGGUGGGUAUCGAGAUAUGUUGGAACGGCAGAUCAAUCUAACGCGAGGAAUCGCUCGGUUUAUUACGGAGAGCGAUGACUUCGAACUCCUUCCCGUGUUUGAUGGGUCCAUGGAGGAGGUUCUAAGCAACAUCUACAUCAUUGUGCUCUUCCGAGCGAAGGAUGAGAAGCUCAACGAGCAACUAGUCAACAAGAUCAAAGCUACUCGAAAGAUCUAUUUAUCUGGAACAUCAUGGGACGGAAAGCCUGCGUGCCGAUUCGCGGUAUCAAACUGGAUGACGGACGUAGACCGGGACUUGCCUAUCAUCAGGAAGGUCCUCCAAGAUAUUUCUGAGGACAAGGAAAGCUAGAGCAUUAAAAGCGCUGAAGUGGCUAUGCACAGUCAGGCAUGGAGAUUACAAAUCUUCCAUCUUAUAAACCUCAUAAGCUGGCUCCUCGUACGGAUGUGCCCU